AUGGACCCAACCUCCUCAUCUCGUGAAUAUGAACCAUUAUCUUAUAUACGUGAAUUGGAGGCCAUGAUGCAGAAUGCUAUCCAACAACAGCAGUAUACUAUAACCAUCGCCAUAGCGAAAUUAUUGUACAGCAUUUUGCGCAUCAUACUUGGUCAACAAAACCCAGCACAUAGCUCAACAGCAAUGGAUGUGGAUUCAAAUGUAUUGUCUGAACUGAAGGCUCUUGGCCAACGUGUGACAGAAAUAAUCACAAAGAUGGACAUAGAAUUAAUUAAACAGGACAAGACAUUGAGAGCUAUAAGCAAGUUAAGAUUGCAAGAGCUUCUGAAAAUCAAGUCGGAUUUUUGCUUGCUACUGGAUGAUUGGGAUUGUGAUACUACAUUCAAAGAAGCUUAUACACUUUUGACGAAAGCCGAUGAUGAUAUUGUCGCGGUAUUGUUGCCGUAUUUGAGUUCUCUUUCUCAAAAAUGUAAAUUGUUACCCACCUGGUUUCCAAACGAAGCACUUAAUGAAAUGAAAAAGCGAAUGAAUAGACCGCUUAUCUUUGUCAAUUUAAAUCGAUUGCUAGUUAGAACGACGAAAAGCAGUGAUGAAUUGAUGAACCAAUUGUUACCUAUUUUACAUCGAUUUGGCAGUUUCAAUCGAAAGAGAGAGAGAUAUCAGAGCAAUGCUUGGAAUUUAUAUCUAAUAGGGCUUGAAGCGGGUCAUUGUGGGUGGUAUCAGCUAUUGUAUCUGAUAAUGAAGGAUCUAUGUCGUAAUGUAGAAAAGGAGGCAAAUUUUUAUUGGUUAAGAUCACUUGGCUCAUUGGCUUUGGCUGAAUGGACACUCUCACAGAAUCAGCCAGGGACUGAUCACUAUAUUCAAUGUUUGAAAGAGUUAAAAGUAAGCUUAAUUGACAAAUAG